AAAUCAAACAAUGAGCAAUCGCACGGAGCAGGAUUAUGACAGUGCCACGCCGGCACUGCAACAACAAAUGAAUCUGGCCCGAAGAGCCUGCUGGAGGAGGCACAAAUCCUUCAGCCACGACAUCAUCCCUCCCGAUGCAGUUAGUCGCCUGGAGUUAGCUAAUCCCCAGAUUGCGAAUCAAAUCGAUGCCGAAGCAACACCACACCCACCACCACCACCGACGGAUGAAACCAAAACAAGAAUCGAACCACAAAAUGUAACCACAACAAGGAGCACAACCUGCACAUCCGACUGGCGAGGGAUUUUCAGCAAAAGGAUGCUGCUCAUCUGCGCCUUAAUCCUGUUCCUUGGAAUCGUUCAGGGCCGGCCAAAUACUAGUGCUGUGGGAGUGGCCAGCAAGGAUAUUGCCGAUGCGGUCACCCAGCUAAAUCUGGCCCAGACAUCGCCCGUGGAUGCUGUUGGCCUGGAUCCAACACCGCCGGUGAGGUUGCCACGUGCCGAUCCAUUGAAAUCCAGCGACCAGGAUGAGGAAAGCGGCGCCGCCGGCGGCGAGGGUCACAAAAUGGAAAGGUAUCCUCUCUCUAGUGUGGAUUUCGCUAGGGUAAAGACGCCGUUCAUCAUUGGAAUCUGGAUUCUGUCGGCCAGCAUUGCUAAAAUAGGUUUCCAUAUGACGCCCAAGCUGCAUCUAAUAUUUCCGGAGUCGUGUCUGCUGAUUGUCGUGGGCGUUGUCAUUGGGGUGGUGCUCUAUUUUUGCACCGAUGUUGCCGUCUCCCCGCUAACACCGAACACGUUCUUCUUCUAUAUGCUGCCACCGAUUAUCCUGGACGCCGGAUACUUUAUGCCCAAUCGAUUGUUCUUCGACAACCUGGGCACCAUCCUGCUAAUGGCAGUGGUCGGUACCAUCUUCAACAUAGCCACCAUCGGUGGCUCGUUGUAUGCCUGCGGCAAGAUGGGAAUUUAUGGUGAAAGCGAGACUCCUGGUCUGAUGGAUGUAUUCCUUUUUGCCUCCCUAAUAUCCGCCGUGGAUCCGGUGGCUGUUUUGGCCGUAUUCGAGGAGAUACACGUCAACGAGAUCCUGUACAUUGUUGUCUUUGGCGAGUCCUUGCUGAACGAUGCCGUUACGGUUGUGAUGUACCACAUGAUGGAGUCCUACAAUGAGAUUGGCUUGGACAAAAUCAUUGCCCAGGACAUAGCCAGCGGUGUGGGUUCCUUCUUCGUGGUUGCUUUGGGUGGCACUGCCAUAGGCAUCAUCUGGGGCUUCCUCACUGGUCUGGUGACACGUUUCACCGAUCAUGUGCGUGUCAUUGAACCCAUUUUCAUUUUUGUGAUGGCCUACUUGGCCUAUCUCAAUGCGGAAAUCUUUCACAUGAGCGGCAUUUUAGCCAUUACUUUCUGUGGUAUAACGAUGAAGAACUAUGUGGAAUCGAAUAUAUCACAAAAGUCGCACACGACUGUUAAAUAUGCCUUGAAGAUGCUGUCCAGUUCCGCGGAGACCAUUAUCUUUAUGUUCCUAGGCGUGGCCACGGUGAACAAUAUGCACGUAUGGAAUACGUGGUUCGUGGUCCUGACCAUUGCCUUCUGUUCAGUGUUUCGUGUUAUUGGUGUUAUUUUGCUUUCGGCCCUGGCCAAUCGAUUCCGCCUGCAUAAGCUAUCCAGGGUAGAUCAGUUUGUGAUGUCCUAUGGCGGAUUGCGUGGUGCUGUGGCCUUUGCUUUGGUCCUGCUGGUCGAUGAGAAUGUGGUCAAGCAAAAGAACAUGUUUGUUACCACCACGAUAGCUGUGAUUUACUUUACUGUCUUCCUGCAAGGCAUCACCAUCAAGCCGCUGGUCAAGAUACUCAAUGUUAAGCGGGCCAACAAACGGAAGCCAACCAUGAAUGAACGCAUUCACGAGAGGUUCAUGGAUCACUUGAUGGCUGGCAUUGAGGACAUUGUGGGCAAGACAGGCAACUACAAUGUGCGUGAUAAAUUCAAGCGCUUCGACAAUCGCUUCAUCCGCCCGCUGCUGAUCAGAGAUCUUAAGGGCGCUGAGCCGAAGAUCAUCGAGACUUACUCCAAGCUGACCAUGCGCGAUGCCAUGGAGGUGAUGAGACGGAAUCCAUCCACCAUUGGCCAGAUGACGGGCACCGAGUCGAUGAGCGCCCUGUUCCGGAACUAUACCAAUAACUAUAUUGGUGGCAGGUGGGCACCGCCAACCAUAUACACCACCUGUCCCAGUCUAACCAAUCUAGACAAUACUUGCUCGCGUAAUCUGGACAUGGCUGAGCUGGAUUAUAAUCCAUCCAAGAAGGAUCUGACUGAUGCCCGGAUCCAUCAUCUGUUGGCCGAAGAACUGAAGCCUUAUAGAAGGGCCUCAAUACAAAUGCACCGUCGUCUUAGUUAUAGCCGACACGCAGUAGAUGACAGAGAUUUGUCCACCCAGGUCAAUUACAAAAUGCAAAUGAACUUCAGGCGGAUGUUCAAUGAUCGGAAACAUCAUAAGCGCAGUAAACGUGGUGCCAGCAAUAAGGAGGCCAAGGAGAACGUUAAGCAGAAUCAUGUCUCGUUCCAUGAUUUCCAACAGAACGGCACCACCAAGCAGCUCACCAAUGACUAUAUUAACAAUGUGCUUAAUGAAACAGCCGAGGAGUGCCAACAGAAUCCCAACGAGAUCAAUGUUGUUGGCCCGAGCGACGAUUGGGAUGAUGGCCUGACCUUCACAGCCAAAUCAUCACCUGACUCGGAUCGCGCCAAUAACAAUUCCCUGAUAGCCCACAUCCAAAACCUGCCGGGUUUCGAUGCUUCCAAGGCGCGCAUCGUCGUCCAGCAUUAUGCGCCCAAGGUCGAUGACAGUCCGGAAACAGAUAUAGAGUCGCCGGAUCAGGCCAUUGGGCCAACGGCCGCCGAAUUGAUAUUGCCGUGGCGGCGGGAUCGUUCAUACCAGAGCAUUGUGGCUGAGCAUCCUAUACCCGAAGAGGAUCGCAAUCUGUCCCGCGAAUCCGACGGAGAGAGACGUGUGGCCACGCCAACUGCCACGGAAUCCCAGCUGCCGUGGAAACGCCAAGGUGACGAAUGCACGGAUGCAGUGCAGCAGAACGAGUUUCCAGCUUGGGCCUCCAACAAGGAGUACUUGGCCUACAAUUCCCCCAGUGCAACAUUCCUAGGUGGUAUAAACAAGCCUAAACAGCCCAAGUCCGUCAUAGGUCUGUUCCGGCGUGAGAGUUCCAGUUCGAAGGCCGGAAGCGUUGGCAUCGGCAGCAACGGAGCCGUGGACAGCGCCGCCAGUGGUUCGGAUACGAUGGUUGUGCCAUUGCCCAGCCAACCACCCAAUGCACCAUCGACAUCCAUGCAUAAUCCGCGGCUUGAUAAGCGCUCCCAGUCGAUAUCCUCGGGUUCGCUGGGCGCCGGAGCCCAUCAACUGGGUCCGGAUGGACACUCCGGUCCGUUUCCGGUCACCGCCAGUCAUCGGCGGAAUGUGCGACGAGGCUCCAUGCUGGAGCUAAGCGGACUCAUUGCAACUGGACGAAGGCCCAGUAGAGUUUUGCAAUUUAGUCCGGGAGCAACCAAUUUACUAGGGUCAGCCAAGAUCACAACUCCUUCUCCUCCUCUACCACCAACAACAACAACAACAACUACAGUUAAAACAACAACAACAAGCACAUCAACCAACAACAACACCAACAAUUCAACAGAAACAACAUCAGGCAGCGCGACUAACUCGACGCCAACCUCCCCCAGAUCAGAGGAUAGCGCCACAUAUACGUACUAUCCAAAAGACACAAUACCCGAAGAGUCGUCGUACCAGCAUGGACACUCCAAGUCCUUGUGCGAGCCGGCGGACUCGGAUGACUGGGAGGGUGCACCGCUGUCAGCCGCCGCCGGCGGAGCCAACAGUGAACGAAUGAUGCGAAUGAGCGGUAGGGAGCCCCUCCUGCCACGCCCCUCCAAUACGCCUCGUGCCCAAAUCCGUCGAAUGAACGCUGGAGCGGUGGGCGGAGCAGCAGUUAGCCAGGCUGGACGGAAAAACCAGGUAACUAAAGCUCUUUUGGACUACGAGGAUUCGGAAACGGAUUCCGAGGAGAACGAUGAUGAUGAAGACGAGGACUUUGAUUCGUACGACGAUGAGAACAUUGUAGUCACCACCUUUACCACACCGGCCACGGGCAGGAGACCGGGUUCGAGUCCUGGAUCGGGAUCGGAAGCCAAUACCACAACCACCACCACGACAAGCAUUCGGCUGACCCGCAACAACGACGAGAGCAUCAUUUGAGUAUCGAGCACGGAUGGCGACGUGGAGGAAGAACUGGAUGAUGAUGACGAGGAUCUGUCAUCUGUCUCUGUACCAAAACGUUCGCGUCAGCAUCUGUUCCCGUACGAAAUGUUCUACUAACUAACUCCGGAAAACACCACCCUCACACACACAUUUAUAUGACCUAGUUUGUAAGACUAAAGUUGACAGAAAGUUAAAGAAUAGUUUUCCCCUCAAAAAAGAAAUGGUUUAAAACACAAAAGCUUUAUAAUUAUAUAUUACCAAAACCACAAGAAUCGGACAGAAGCUUAGAUAAGGGAGUAGCGAAACAAAUUGUAUAUAACACAGAUUUGAACCUUAAUUAAUUAAUUAAUUAAUUAACCAACUAAUUUCUUCUUGAUCGUUUAAGUCGCUUCUUAAGAUUUUUAACUUCCAAUUUCUGUUUAGUGUUUAGUCCCGAUCAAUUGUUAUAAAAUGUAUCACAAAGGUAUAUAUCGAAAAGGAAAAACGAUUUAGUGAUUACAGCUGAUGUGUUCCAAAACAAAAAAAAAGAAAAUAGCAAGCAGAGAAAAUGGUGUAAUAACUAACAAAGCGUAGCCAAAGUUCUAAUUAAGCCAAUAACUAAAGUUGAUUUCCUUGUUUAUUGUUUAGACGAAAUGAUGUACUAAAUUGAGGUCACAUUAGGAGAAUGUUUUGCUAACAGUACUUAAAUGCGUACUUAGUAUGAUAGCAUAGUUAAAACGCAGAGUUUAGUUCAAUUUUAGCCUUAGUUAUUAAACAGUUUAAAGUAAUUAAUUUUCGAUAUAGCCGCAGAGUCAGAACUAAAUAUAAAUACAGUCAAGUUUUUCUCAACUGGAACUGUAAGUGAAAUAUAACUUAAACAUUCAUCAGCAUUAGUAAUAAACAUUUUAUGCAUUUUUAAAGAAACUUUUUGAAUUAAUAUUAAAGAAUAUACUUUCACAUUUUCAAACUAUAUCAAAUCAUGUUGACUUUAAACUUAGAAACCCAUUACCAAUGACAGAGACAGUUGAGCAAAACUUUGGCUGAACUUAACUAUAAAAUAUACACAAAUCAAGUAACUAAUAGUGGACAGGUAAAUGGACAGAGUUAUGUAAUUUAUAAAUUAUUUUUGUAAACUUUUACGAAUGAUAAGGAUAAAAACCAAACAUAAUGCUGGAAAUGUUAGAACGAGCGAGAAUUUCGUAUGUGGAUUUUGAGUGAGUACAUGACUAGGAUUGAGCUAACCAAGCAUUAAAAAUAAAGUAAAGAUUAACAUGCUCAAAAAACCAAGUAAAUUAUACUAGAAAUAGUUGAAUACAAACUAAAAUUCACUAUGCUGACGUAGUUUGAUGAAAAUGAAAAUGCAUUAGAAGAGUAAACUCUAUUUACCAGACAAGAUCCAAAGAGAGGGGACACACGGAGCCAACUGAGAACACAUAGUAGCCAAUAUCCAGAAUGGGAUAUGUUUAUUCUGGAACCAACCUACCUAACAAAAAUAUAAUAUUUGCUGGGACUGCUAACGGUAAAUCGUGGAAAUAUGGAACACAUACCUACCUACUACGAGUAAUAAAUACAACAAAAACAAACAAAAACUAUAUAUAUAUAUAUGUAUAUUUUCUAACUCAUGUGCAAGAACGCCUAGUACCAAACUUUAAUUUAAACAACACCUAACCCUAAAACUUAAGUAGUUCGUAUUCGCAUUAUGUUCUAUCCAAGAAAUUGCCUUCUGAAUAUGCACACCAGAUCAAACAGAAUUAUUUAACUUAGUUUUUAGUUAACCUUUUUUUUUUUUCGAUCAGAAAGACAAUAAACAGCUACAAGAGUCGCGAGAUCUUGGAAAUUGUCAUUUUGAAUAAAUCAAUUUAAUGGAAAACGAAACCGAAAAACUUAAAAAUCAGAGCUGUGUUAUAUUGUGACCAGGUUUGCUUAUAUAAACUUGAUUUAUUCCACUGAAUUUCCUAAAUUUCAAUUUAGCAUUCGAUUUGUGGCGUAAACAAUUUUGUAUACUGGACACUGGCUCAUGAAUUACUUGCUUAAGAAAACUAAAAUUGAAUUCCAUUGAUGACUAAAAUCGAGAAAGCGUUUGCAAUUUUCAUACCGUAGGCCUUAAGUUGUGCAUACUUCAAAAUUAAUUAAAAAAAAAAAAAAAAAAAAAAUAUUGAUAGCGCAAAAUAAUAAAAACAAAUUAAAAACACGAUGCAAAAAACCGAAA